CAUUCGAAGCACCAUUGCUUCAGCUUGUCGUCGUCGUCGCGGAACACCACGUUGGACGGCGGACGAGUGGCAUCACGUGAUCCAGCUUGGGCAUCACUCCGCCACGUGACAUCUCUGACGUAUUUCCGGACAACUUAUUCUUCUCGCGGAAGAAUUCGUUCUCGAAUUAAGAUUUGACAACGACGAUUUAUUUUUCAGUACAUCAACAAUCUUUUGGACAAUUUCACAUCUUCCACCUAAGCAAAGCUUAUAUUUAAAUUUUAAUAAAAAUGAACAUCAACAGAUUUUGAGUGAAGAUAAACUAAAAGCAGUGUGUGAAUUCUUUAUAACUCCCGCAAUUUUUGUCCAAUCCAGACGAAAUUUUGCUUAUAUUCGUUUUAUUUCUGACGGAAAGUACUGUAUACGCUAUUAAUUUUGCGGAAAUAUUUGCAAUGGAAUAAACGUUUCAUCGAUUUCGGAUCGGCGAUCGCACUCACGUUGAGGUGACGUCAUUUAGUUCGUGCUCGACCAGGGAAUUUCCCUUAAGUUUCAUUUUUAAAUAUUUUGGCAAAUGGCGUAUUUUAAACUUAUUUCAUUCGAUUUAACAUUUAUACGUUAAAAAAAGAUAGCCUCAUCGUGUCACUUCUAUAACAAAUUUUUUUUUUAUAUUUCCAUAGUGACCACGUGACUUUCUAUUAUCCAAUUGGAAGUAAGGAUCUCACGAGCCGGUUGUUUAGAAAAUGUCGCUCGUGACAUACGCACAAUUCAACUUUGUCUUAUUAACUUUGAAUUAAUUAAAAAGACUUGCUGUUUUGCCAAAAAAAAAAAAAAGAAAAAAAUGCCUAGGGGAAAGCCCAGGAGUAGAAUUGGCCAAGUAAAUUCUAGAGCUAAAAGAUUUAGAGCAACUGAGACCCCUGAAGACCGUGAAAUUCGACUCAAGCAACAUCGAAUAAGAAUGGCUUUGUCAAGGGCUGCAGAAUCAGAAUUGCAACAUCAAGCUCGACUGGAGGAAAACAGAUUGAGAAUGGCCUCAUUAAGGGCUACGGAGACGGCAUCACGACGUAAAGCUCGACGCGAGAGAAACAGAUCGAGAGCGGCUUUGUCUGAGGCUGCGGAAACGACGUCGGAACGUCAAGCUCGACCGGAGCAAAAUGGAUCGAGAGCGGCUUCGUCCGGGGCUGCGGAAACAAUGUUGCAGCAUCCGGCUCAACUCAAAGUGGACCAGACGAGACCCAUUCAAAGAGGAAUAGUUUCUUUAGACCAGCAGAUUGUACUAAUAGGAGAAGGGGCAGUUCAGGUUAAGGAAGAAAAUGUGUUGGAAUAUGACUGUAGUUCGUCGAAUGUUAAGUGUCACUUUUGUAAUGCACUACAUUUCGCACAAGAUGGUGAAUUUAAUUCUUGCUGUCUCGAAGGAAAAAUUAAAUCGGAAAGGUCCUGAAAUGCAUGUGGAAAAAUAUUGGAAUAAAAUAUAAUGCACGUAUCGAUGUGGAAGUAUGUACGUUGCGAGCUGUUGAGUAUACAUACGAAUAUAUAAAUGAGAGGUGACUGCUAAUUUAAUAGUUGUAUCUGGUGAUAAACAACAAACCGUAUGUGAUGUAGAUGAAAUUCCAAAUUUUGUUAACAGAUGUUACGUAAGUGCAAGUGAAGCUAUGUGUGAAUGUUAGAGUUUCCAAUGUGUGAUAGAUCGUGUGCUGUAAUAAGAUUGCCGGAUCAUUUGCCUGAUAAUCAAUCUGUUUAUUUUAAAGGAGGACAAGAAGCAGAAACACUGGAAGCAGCACAAAAUAAAUAA